ACGUCACGAGACUUUGUUUACAGUGAUAGGAAAAAGGAGGAGGAGGGGUUCUUUAUACAAUAUUUAUUCUCCGACUCACCUCUGAAUCUAAGUUACUUAUUUACCGUGUCCAUAAACAGUUAAUACACCAUGUCGGUGGCGACAGCUGGCGGGUCACGAAGCUACAACUUCAAGAUCGUGCUACUGGGGGAGGGUUGCGUGGGCAAGACCAGCCUGGUGCUCAGAUACGUCGAGGACAAGUUCAAUGAUCGUCACAUAACAACAUUACAGGCAUCUUUCCUGACCAAGCGGGUGAACCUAAAUGGGAAGCGGGUCAACCUGGCCAUAUGGGACACAGCUGGACAGGAACGGUUCCAUGCGUUGGGUCCAAUCUACUACCGGGAGUCCCAUGGUGCCAUCCUGGUGUAUGACAUCACUGAUGAGGAUUCCUUUCAGAAGGUCAAGAACUGGGUGAGGGAGCUGCGCCGAAUGUUAGGAGAUGACAUCUGCCUUGUCAUUGCUGGGAACAAGACAGAUUUGGAACGAGAGCGACACGUCUCUCUGGAAGAAGCAGAGACGUAUGCAAGAGAGGUAGGGGCACUCCACUUCCUUACAUCAGCCAAGUUGAACCAGGGUGUGGAAGAGCUUUUCUUGGAGUUGACCCGCCGCAUGCUGCAAACAGCAUUAACAAAUGACCAGCAGCGGAUUAAUUCCCUCACCCGUGGUGGCAGCACUGCUACUCGCAACUUGCAGAUUGUGGAUGACCAAGUUGCUCCUUCCACUGGCAAAUCUUCUUGCUGUAGCUCCUAGGUAUUGAUUAUAAAACCAGGAGCUAUCAUCCCACUCUAAUAUAGGGAUGUAUAUUGUUUGAUUAUGUGGCAGUCACACUGUCCAUAUAAUUAGAGGUAGUGACUAAAACCUUGAUUCAUCAAACCAUUAUCACCUUCAUCACUCAUAAUUUCUUCCCUCAUGCCUGUAACUUGAGUGUUCCUUAUCAGGGACUUUUGAUGCACAUAGUAUGGGUUGUACCUCUGUUGAGGUUAGUGGAAAUGAUUGUGUUAUUAAUGUGAUAGCAGAAAUCAUGCCCCUUUAUAACUCAUGGCAGUAAAUUUGGUGACAUAUCUCUGAGGAACACAUUUUCAGACUGUAAUGCUUUGUCAGUCAUUACUGAUGAAGAAUAAUAAUAGUUUCCUCUUACAGAUUGUAAUAUAUUUGUAAUUCACUGCCAUAAAGUUCUUUCAUUAAUUGACUACUUACAACAAUUCACUGUUUAUAUAUAAUAUACCAACAAAUACAAAAUAAUUUGUUCUGUAUUGUAAUCCAUCAACAUAAUAAUUUUAGACAUUACAAAGCAAAUGUCAUGGUAUAUGUGAAUGAGUCUUUAAUUUCAUUGGGAAGCAAAAAUUUAUGAAAUAGCAGCAAUGUGAAUGAGGUAACUCAUAUAUUAAGAUUUGCAUGUCACAGUAUAAAGACAUAUAUUGCUGCAUUGUGGCAUGUCAUAAGUUCUUUGAGAUAUAUUGAUAUAAGUUAUUACUGCAGGGCAAAACAGAUCUAUAAGUUUAGAUAUAUUGAAAUAUAAUGAUCUAUCUUUAUUUCCUUUUUUCCCAGUGGUUACAAAAGUUGACAAGUUGUUUCAUAUUUUGUCAAGCAGAGAUGACCAAAGUGAUGACAUAUGAUGGAACACUUGAUGCAUUAUGUGAUGCUUCCUAUUUACAGAUGAACAGACUAUGAAUAAUUGUCAGAUCAACAUGUGGCCAACACCACAGGAUGACAGUUUAUCAUUUUUUCAGAAAUAUGAUAACAUGAAAUGCAUUCAUUUUCUGCCUUCAUGAAGAAAGAUAGUUGAGUUCAAUAAUCUUUUGCAAUAACUGAGAGACAGAUGAAGACAGAAUAGUGAAGUUGGACAUUUCUAUAUUUUUAUUGGACAGGUUAAACUAGUCAAUGCAGAAAACCAUCAAGAGACUGCUUUGUUCCUCUGUCUUUACUUUUGUUUUACCAGCUAGUGGUAUUUGUCCUUAUCAUAGUAUCUUAUUUAAUUGGUUUAUUAAAUGCAGUGCUUUCAUAUACUUUUUGUACUGAAAAAUCUUGCAGUAUGGUGCUGUGGAAAUUGUUCUUUCCUCUAUAGGCUAAGAUGUGUGGGAAUGCUUGUAAAGUAUGUAUGGAAAUGCCUUUUGCAGCUGUGCCCCUUUAAGGUGAAUGACAUCAUGAUAUAUAAGUAAUUAAACUGAGAAAUUAGGUGCUUUUAUAUGCAUGCAGUACAUAAAGAUUCUUCCAGUCAAGUUUUUCUUAUUCUAGAGCUUUAUUUUCAAAAUUCUGAAUUUAUUUAUUUAUUUAUUUAUUAUCAUUUGAUGUUAUUUUAUUUACAUUGCUUUAUUGUUUCAUUAUUUAUUUAUAUAUUUCUCUCUCUCUCUCUCUCUCUCUCUCUCUCUCUCUCUCUCUCUCUCUCUCUCUCUCUCUCUCUCUCUCUCUCUCUCUCUCUCUCUCUCUCUCUCUCUCUCUCUCUCUCUCUCCAUGUCUCAGGGACAUAAGCAAAGAGCAAAAGAAAAGCUACACACCAUGCCAUUCCCAUGUAAUAAUGGGAGUAGAAGAACCAAAAUGGUUGGCCAAUUGAGUUACUGAGUUGUCUUGAUACUCCUUUCUUGAAACAUUAAAUCACAUUACCAGUGAAAGAGAUGAGUAAAAAUAGGAUGGACAGUAUGGGGUGAGAGCAAAUGGUUUUGUGCAUCAGGACUGCAAAAGGGGUGUGGAGGCGAGCAUUUGGCAAAUUUAGAAGAGCAGUAAACAUGGAAAUCAUAAAAAUCAGUAAGAGACUUAACUUUACACUUGAGUGAGCAGAUCAAGACAGUCUGUUGGAAGGGAAUCAAUGAGACAAAAAGCUUUUGAUUUCAGCUUCUUUUGGACUUCCCAAUAUGUGGAAGCAGUACUUCAUAUAUGGAAAGACAAGGCCUUUUUACAGAGUAAAUAAAAAGUAUUGGCGGUGACACAGGAAACCUAACUUCGUAGAAGCUGUUUUUAGCAAGAGAAGAGAUGUGAAGU